CGCGCUCGCGGCACAAUCCGCCUCCUCCUCCUCUUCGCAUUAUCAAGCCAUUGAUAGGAGACCCUACUGCACUCGCUCUUCCAUUAGCCAACUUGGUGGCACCCUUUGUCUCCUGCAUCAUUUCCUCAAAUCUCCUCUAGUAAGGGUCGAGCAAUAAUUCCCUGCGGGGACCUGGCCUGCCCGAUACAUUCCCAAGCAAUCGUGUAUGCAAGGGACCUCAGGACUAUUUGCUGAAUUCUAAUAACUCCCGUCAACGUCAACGAACCACUGCGUAAAAUCAUACCAUGGAGAUCGAGACCGCACCGGCACAGACUCGUUCGCCUCAGAGCUCCCUCUCGCCAGCCUUCGGUAAACUCGUCGACCGUUAUCUCUUGCAAACUUCAAGUCUCCUGGUCAUCAAUGUUGCGGAACUCAACAGGAUUGUGUAUGCAUCAGCAAAUAGUGAUGAGUUGUUCAAGCAGAAGCUGCAUGGAUCGGUUAACACGAAUCUAGAAAGAGUACUGGCACAUUACACGAGCGAUACGGAAGAAGAACUGCAAAAUUUCUAUGAAUAUAUGCAAGCUCGAAGGCAACAAAAAUUCUCAAUAUGUAUGAUGCAGCAGGAUGAUGAACAAACAUCGUGGACAAGCUUUGUUGCUGACUCAUCAGCCUUUCCAUUCAUUUGCAUCGCAUGCAAAGAUGUUUCAGCGCUGGUCUACGCAGAUGAGUCGAAUUUCAUCAAUCUUUUUCACGAAUUCAAGAAACUGGAACUGGAGGAGGCAAUGCUGUGUGACUUUGUGACUGACACAAUCAGCUCCCUGCACGGUGAUGGGGCAGCGCUCUCGAUAGCUUCAGGGCCGUCUUUCCAACCCUCCGAGGAGGAAAAUCCGCGAUUCUUGGGCCUGUCCGAGCAUUGUGCACCAUCAGGCGGACCUGAGUUCACACUGAACGAGCUUGCUAUCACACUUGGGGACCAGCAGGAGUUUGGUGAGUUAACGCUGGAUUGGGAUCGACCUCCUGAGUUCGAGCGAUCUGCGAUCUCCAGGAUAGAGAAAUUCUGCAAGAACAAAUUGACUUCCAAGUUUUGAAACUAGACUUGUAGAGCUAACGUGUGGUUUUUGCUUGUACUAGAAAAAAAGUAAUCACAGUC